AAGAGAGCAAUGCUUCCUUUACUGGAGAAUUCUUCGGUUUCGGAUGCUGAGCUCAGUUUUGUAACUCGGAAGCUUCACCGUAAGUACCAAGGCCAUCUUGAGUCACCGAGAAGGCGUAGAGAUCGUGACGUGAUAGCUUAUCCCGUCCCGGAGUGUAUGUGCCGCCAUGGAAAACACAGGUCUGUAGAGGCUUUAAACGAGAAUGGGAAACAACCUUUGCGUUGGGUGAAUCUUAACAAAGAAGAGCGUGAUGACCUUGCCAUGUUUCUAUCUGGAUCUUCUCAGACAUCAGAGAGUUUAAACAGUGAUAACAUCAACUUGAGAGAUUCCUCAACGAGUUCUGUAGCUGAGGAUCUACGUGGGAUGAAUGGCAGAAGAGAGACUAGAUGUUAUGGUGACAGUCCUGACUGUUUGAUAGACAUUGACGAGAGAGGAAGUCUUGAAAGUGGUGAUAAAAAGGCUGGUACAAGAAGAAGAUGGAGUUCACCAAAUGUACCGAAUAUCAGUGCGUUGAGGAUUAAUGUUCCUGUUAAUGCAAAAGAAGACGAGAGGAAGAAGUUCCUGUCACAAAUCGAAGACACUCCUAAAGAAAAAGGAUCUAAACCUCUGUUUUGGCUGCAGAGAUGUCGUGAUUAUAACCAGGAUUUGGAUGAACUGAGUAGUGGUGGAGGAUGGGCAAACAUGGAUCAUAAUCAUCACUACUCAUUUUCGCCUUGCAACUUCUUCCAUAGACCAAAGCCUAUCUUUGGUCUAGAAGGUCGUCAAGAAGAAGAAGAAUGUGGUGUCAAUGCUUAUCUGGAACAUCGAUGUAAGCUUCCUCUCUUCCCUAUGCACGGUGAAGAUCACCUCAACGGUGGUAGUGGUGAUAUCUGGAAGUAUGGCCAAUCGAACGAUCGUGAUUGUUUUGGUAGAGACUCUUGUGCUUCUCUUGAGCUACGUAUGAACUAGACACCGUUAUACACAUACAAGGACUUAUUUGGACUUAGUUGUGGGCUUUGUUUUACUUUUUUUUUUUAUUAAGAGUUGUGCGAGAUUUUAAUAAAUAGUUUAUUGUUCA